UUUUAGGGCCUGGGACUGAUUCGGAGGUUUUAACUCUUCAUGCCCAACAAUACGCUAAAAGAAGUUCAUUGCAAUCCUUCUUGCCAUCUUCUUUUUCUCUUUCUUCUUCUUCAACAAGACUCCGACUCCUGACAGAAGAAGAAGAAUAAAAACACGUUCCUGCCAUAUCAAAAGUCUUCUUGCCGAAAUGCCGACGAUCAAGGUACGAUCAGCCGGAAUUGAUGAUGUGAAUGAAUGCGCUCAGAUCGUUGUAGAAGCAUAUUCUACGUUGGAAUCGAAUGACUUAAUGUUUCCAAAUGAGAGUAAAAGUAGGAACAAGUUAAUUCAAGGUCGAAUCGAUCAAUUCACACCGCAUUUACUGCAAGAGCCAUCAGAUCCUCAUCAUGUGACCCAAUACCGUGUGGCCUGCUUUGAAGAGGAAAGCGGUGCUGAACGAACAGCAGCUCUAUUACGAUGGAGUAUAAGUACGGUAGAAGAUUCCGUAUCAAACGACUCUGAUACGAUUGUUGAUGCUGCAGUGGCUGAUAAAUUAGCACUUCUUGGACCAGAGUAUGUGAACGUGGAUAUCUUUCGAGCCUUUCGUCUUGCAAGAGAACAAAAGCAUAUUCAAUGGUUUCAAGGAAAAGGACAGCAUAUAUUCAUCCAUACUCUUGCCGUUUCACCAAAUUGUCAAAGGAUGGGAUGUGGGGCAGCAUUGAUGAAAUGUAUGACAAAAGAGGCGGAUGAAUUGGGAUUGAUGUGUUAUUUGGAGGCAUCAGAUGAAGGUAAGCCUUUAUAUUUGAAAAAUGGAUUCGAAGAGGUUGAAAAGAUGUUUGUACAAUCACCAACAGAUGGUCAGAGUUUUACUCUAACAUUGAUGAUUCGACCUGCCAAGAAGCAAUGAUUGUAUAAUAGUAGAUUAACAAAUAGGAAAUGUCGGAUUGAUCAGCUUUCCGAUCGGAAAUUGAUAUCGGAUGUAUGCUUGAUGAUCAGGGAGCAAAUGCCACAACUGCCAUGACUCGGAUAUCAGG